UCGCGGAGGGCCUCGCCCGGCUGAGGCGGCGCGAGGAGGGAGGAGGGAGCGGGUGCAGCGGCUCGUGGCCGCCUCCCGUCGCGAUGAGCGCGGCCGGGCUGGUGUCUGCCGCGCCGCCGGCCCCCGCGCCGCCCGGGACGCCCCCCAACGCCCUGCCGCCCGGCCCCGAGUACUACGAGGAGGAGGAGCUGGAGAGCGCCGACGAGGAGGACGGCGAGCGCAGCGCCCGCGCCCGGGACUCCGACGAGGAUACUGAGGAUGCUAGCGAAACUGACCUGGCAAAACACGAUGAAGAGGAUUAUGUAGAAAUGAAAGAACAGAUGUAUCAGGACAAACUGGCAUCACUUAAGAGGCAGUUACAGCAGUUACAGGAAGGUACUUUACAAGAAUAUCAGAAAAGAAUGAAAAAACUGGACCAACAGUACAAGGAAAGGAUCAGGAAUGCAGAACUUUUCCUUCAACUGGAAACAGAGCAGGUAGAGAGAAACUAUAUCAAGGAGAAGAAGGCUGCUGUGAAAGAGUUUGAAGAUAAGAAAAUUGAGCUGAAGGAAAAUCUGAUUGCUGAGUUAGAAGAGAAAAAGAAGAUGAUUGAGAAUGAAAAGCUAACCAUGGAGCUAACCGGAGAUUCUAUGGAAGUGAAGCCUAUCAUGACGAGGAAAUUGAGGCGGCGACCAAAUGAUCCUGUUCCUAUCCCAGACAAGAGGAGGAAACCUGCCCCUGCCCAGUUAAAUUAUCUGUUAACAGAUGAACAAAUAAUGGAGGACCUCAGAACGCUGAAUAAGCUUAAAUCACCCAAGAGACCAGCAUCUCCUUCCUCUCCAGAGCACCUGCCAGCUACACCUGCAGAAUCUCCAGCACAGCGGUUUGAAGCCCGCAUAGAAGAUGGCAAACUCUACUAUGAUAAAAGAUGGUAUCACAAGAGCCAGGCUAUUUACCUCGAGUCGAAAGAGAACACUAAGAUCAGCUGUGUGAUCAGCUCUGUGGGAGCCAAUGAGAUUUGGGUGAGGAAAACCAGUGACAGCACAAAAAUGAGGAUUUAUCUGGGACAGCUUCAGCGAGGGGUUUUUGUGAUCCGUCGGCGUUCAGCUGCAUGACUGUCUGUGCUCUUUCUUGAUCUUUUUUUAAAAGAAAGAAACGAACCUCUUACAGGGAAUAUCUCAGUCUGUCCACUCAACCUUGGCAACAGAGUAUGCUGUUAUGGCCUUUUGUGAAACAGUUUGUGGCUGGCCACAUUGUUCCUAAUAGUCCUUAAAUCUCUAGUGAUACCCAAACACUGCCCUGGACUACUUCUGGACUUUGCCAUAAAACUUCUUGAAGGUUUUCUUUGUUUUUGGGAGACUCUUUAAGAAGACCCUGCAUUAUAUUUUCUCAUUUUCACAUCUGUGCACCAUGAAAUGAAUAUGUACAUUGAAAACACCAUAACUUAUAUUUGGAUCAAGACCAUUGUGGGGACAGGGGAAAUGGUGGGGUGGGAAACAGCUGCUUUUUGUCAAACUAGCUCUUUAUUUUCCUGCAAAACUCAGGAUGCUGAGCAAAUGAGUGAUCCUGCAAGCUUUCAGCUGCACUUCUGUAACAGCAUCUAGUACGUGACGUUAAUUCUGUUGGCUAAGCCAGUGAAAGAUUUCUCCAUGCAAUGAGGCACAAUGAGGAUUUUUUUUAAGGAAAGUGUGAAAAGCAUUCUAGAAACUUUUAACGUGCUGCAAUUCUAGUGGACUUUUUAAUAUGCUUAAACAAUCUUAUAUAGUCCAAAGCUUCCUUUCUCUUUCCAUUAAAAACCUUUCAUGGAACAAGCAAAGAGUGUGUCUUGACUACUAGCCUAGAUUACCUGAAGUAGGUGGGUGAGUAUGAGCCAAAGGAUUAACUAACUGAACUAUGAACUAGAAUGUGAGACCUGUCUGAUUACUGUGUAGCACUGAAAGGUAUGAUUAAGUUCUUCAUAUUGAUGACCCAAGUUGAAUAAGUCAUACUGGGUUAGUUGAUGGGUAACUUAUGUUGUUAGAGCGUUUGUGCCCUCGGAAGAGACCUGGCAAUGAAAAACAGUGUUGACAUGAGAAAGGGAAGUGUUUUGUAUUGUGUUUUGUGGAAAUUAGGUUUCAUAUUCAUAUUAUAACUUUUGGCAUGUAGAUUUUGUAUUACAUUAUUAAUAUAAAUACAACUUAAACUGCUAAAAGUAAUACAAAACAUUUCCAUUUCAAGGAUAUUAAUUCUAGAAGAUAAAGAUGCACCUUUAUAGCAAUGGGUCCAAUAGUUCUGCAAGCUCUCUAAUAUUGUGGUCAUAAACUACUUUUGAUAGUAUUUAAACCUCUCUGGAUUUUGGCAUCUGUUUUAUACCUUGUUCCUGAUCAUGGCCAGAGGCCACUAGUACCAUGAGUACCAUGAGCAGAUGCAACUGCAUGAACAUGCAAAAUAAUAAACCUUGUUACAUGUCUUCCUUAUCUAUGAGCAAACUUUGAUUUGCACCAAAAAACUGGAGAGAAGAGUUGUAGUUUAUUAUUUUCAGUAUCUGCCACCUUCAGGGUGUUCUUGCUUGUAUGCUGAGUUUUUUGGGGAGGGGAGUUGUUUCGUUUUGUUGGGGAUCCGUCUUAUGUACAUUUGUACAAAGAUAAAAGAACACAUUUUAAACUACCAGUUCCAUUUUUUUUGCUCUCUGCAGUUGGGUGGCAGGCAAGUCCCAAUAAUGAAUCUGUAUCCUCGCACAUGGGUCUGUUGUAGAAUCUAGGAGCUGAGCUGCUGAUAUGCUGACUGCAGCUGUGACACCAUAUGUAUUUAUAUUAUUUGGAGUCUUUGGCACAUCUGCAGCCUUUGUGUGGGAGGGAAGGAAGGAGGUCAGUUUCCCAUCUCUUGAUAAUGAUGUGCUAUAUUUGCUGCAACUGCAGUAUCACAGGUAGAAAUUACUCAUGCUAACAGCAUACUUGCAACUUUCUGUUGUGAUGCAGCUCACUUCUAUACUGGGAUAUAUCAAAUGAGAUUUGUCAUUGAGCCUUGAAACAAACACUGUGGUUCUUAAAGAGCUGAGGGAAUAGGAAGACUUACUUCUUAACCAAAUCAUUUAGUGUUUGCAUGUCUUUGAGGGAGGUAGUUGGAAACCUGGUGUCAAUGCUAGGCAGGUCUCCUGCCAGCCCAUUAUCAGCAGGUAGCCUCCCCUUCUAUAACUGUACUAAUCGUUUUGAGGUGAAUCUUAGCAGAGCAUGGAAGAGGCACAACCAUUUAGGAGAUGGAUAUGGUGUGGAUGUAUGCAUGUUAAGCUUCAUUACAGUGCUUUGUCAUUGCACCUGAAUCUUAAUCAGUACCUUCCCCUUCUGUUUCAGCUCUAGACCUUGUUUGAAACACCAGCUGUGAUAAUCCCUGCCUUUGUACCUGCCCCUGUCCCAUCUCUGGGGAAAUAGCUACUUCCAGUUUCUUGUCUAAUCAGAAUUAGAACAUUUUUUUUCUAGAGGUGAAAGUCAAAUGGUCUAACAUAACC